AUGUCUCUUAUUAACACGUCCGACCUGGUAUUUUCCGAACAAGCAAAUCAUAACUUUGGAAAGGUGCUGGGCGAUCUCAAGCGCUCAACUUUUUCCAUUCGAAACCGUCUAGCAUCAAUAUAUCAGGAUGCAGAUUUUGCUCACAAGAUCUCAACUGUCUACUGUAGGCCCCUUAUAGCAAAUGAAAGAUGCGGUAGCUGGUACGUACCUCCACAGAGAAAGUGUGGAAGUGUAUAUUUCAAAAGCACCGACGGGCACAACGGCGUUUGGCAGUUUAGUAGUAGAAGGUUAAAUCUCCACUUACUAAAGAUAAUAGCAACACACGACGGGUGUAUCAUUGUCGACUCGACAAGACGUGGUAAACGAAUGCCAGAUGCUUUGAGCAAAACUAUACCCAUCUGGUGCGCGGUUAUCAACCAGUAUUUCUUUCCCAAAAAGGCGGAAUGGCAUUCUUUACACACGCCACCCCAAUCUGUAUCGCCAUCGGAACAUGCACAGAUCUCUGCACUUCUUCCAUCAUUCGUCAAGACCCUAAGAGCUCUGGAUGUUACAACUACUGGUCUAGGGCAAUCAUUAUUGAAGCCUCUUCGUCCACUAUGGAUCACUCCAGAAUCAGCAAUUCCCGAAAACUGCAUGGAUUUCCCCGAUUUCCACCCAGUUAUAUGCUGUACUGUAUCCAAGCGCACUUCAGGUAGUGAAUUUGGCCAUGGAGUAUACAUCCAAGGUGCAGGAGAUGACACCGAAAACUGGGCUCACCGCCUCACACCAAGCAUAUUUUGGGGAAACACUCAAAUAUUGCUUUCUGCUGCUGAUAACGAACUCCCACAGCUCAUUGAGCAACUUGUCGUCGAAGAUGACAAGAGUGAAAAAUAUGAGAGCCGUGAACUGCAUCGUGUUCAUCCGACCUCACAUCUCUUCAUAACUAGCAUAUCUGCGGUAAGAACCCUAAAUUUAAAAUCAAACUGCUGUAAAAUCCUCCUGCUUCCUGAAGUAUGCGAGAAAAAGAUAUCAGAAAGUUACCUGGAAGUUGGUAUAGGCCAACACAAGAUUGGGAGUAGAAAUUUACGUAAAGACCUUUCAACAAUAAUUGAGUUUGUGAAGAAUUUUCUUCAUAGAAAAAUUCUAGUGGAUGGUGUUGAAAAGACAAGUAUAUCAAUAAUUAUUGCUUGCCAAACUGGAACGGAGCUUUCAAUUGGUGUAGGACUAGCUAUUUUAUGCUUAUUUUUUGAUGAAAAAGGAGCACUACAAAAUGAAAUGAGGGAUAGAACCUUUAUAAACAAGGAUUUCAUUAGGGAUAAGCUUGUAUGGUUAACAACUUCAAUGCCACACGCAAACCCAAGCCGGGCAACUUUGCAGAGUGUGAACAGCUUUCUAAUGAGCCGUCCUACAUUAUAA